AUGGGGAAGUCAAGUAUUAGAGGGGAGAACCAUUCAUCCUCCUUUGCUGCCGCACUUAGCCGCUUUGACGACAUUGAUACCACUGAACCACAAAUAUUCAGGUUCAUCGCAGACAAGAUUAGAAGCCAGUACAAAGAAGACCGUGAACAGUUCAAAGACGCUGUCACCCAAUUUCUCAAAUAUGGUACCGCCCAGGCAGAUACGAUCUCGUUGGAUCGCAGGUGUGGCGAUAAACAGGACAAUGGCGAGGAUAAAGUUAUGAACCAGAUGGAUCACUGUCUCCGGUUGGCCCUCCCCCGUGGCGCGUUGAGGAAAGGGUUCGAUGGAAGAAAAGAUAUCGCUCAAAUGCUUUGCAAGACGAUUGUUGAACACUGGCCCGUGUUAGCCUUCAUGCGCAAGUACAACACGGGCAAGGGUUGCUGGCUCCAAGAGCAAUGUUCACACAAAAGCCAACAUGCUCUCUAUCCCGACACGUCCAUUCCCUUCCACUUAGCGGUCAGUAAGGGUGACCACGAGCUCGUCAAGCUCAUGCUAGAUAGGAUCCGAGUCGUCCUUGACCAGAAAGUUCUCUUGCAGCGUCCCAUGGAGGAUUCUGAUAUCCAUCUCGGUCAGGAUAUCAAGAAGGAUCUCGAGAACAAUCCGGACCAGCUGCGCUACCUUGAAGGGCGCAAAAUCAAGUUGGAUGAUCUCAACCUUUUAAGUGUGGUGAAAGGCUAUGCUCAAAACGAAUCAAUUUGUCGUCUGGCCCUUGAGAAUUCUGAGGAUUUCGAGACUUCUGAGGCGGCAAAGCUUAAGACUCUGGAAGAACUGCUGACCGUCACGGGAAUUGCAAUCUCAAGCGAUCAAGGAGCGCCCGACGAAGCGUUUGAUAUAGCGCUUAGGAAAAAUCUCGACACUGCCGUUAAAGCGUUUCUCAAGCGUGAGGUGCCUGUGUCCACGAGUUGCUUGAAGAGCGCUCUGGAGAACUAUGAAACAUCUAAACAGCUCCCUGGCAGCACAGCAGGACAAUCUUCAAAAGCAAGCGACGCAGGAUUAAACAUCUUGGAAUAUCUUGUUGCCAAAGCCACCAAGGGUGUUCUUGAUCAUGAGAUUAUCAGGUACAUCAUCAGGGGGAAUUUGACGUCUGUUUGGAAUGUAGUCAAUAAGAACAUUCUUGAUAACACGACCAAAGUGUGUCUUCUCGCUACGGCCGUUCUUUAUGGAAGCCUGAAAUUUAUCAAGCUGUUUGUCGAAGAGGAUCCCCAGGCUCUUGGAGUAGCUGUGAAGCUUCCUGCGGACGAUGGUGUCCCUGGGGUGAAUGGCGUGUCGGAUGGAGAUGACAGGUUCCCUCUUUGGUAUAACAAUCACAGGCGAGAAAGGUCUACAGGGAAUGAACUGAAAUUCGUGUUGCGUAAGAGCAAGCCUGAUAAGGUCCGGGGCGAUAUUCGCGAUUUUCUGGUCGACAAGAUGACUCGUGAACUACCAAUUGACAAGUUAUCUGAUAUCCUUCACAGAUCACAUGUUAACGAGCUUUGCUUUGAUAUCUCAUCUUUCAGCUCUGAUAACUACAGUGCUUCCGACUUCAUCGACUCAAUAUUCUUUCAGGAAGAGCAAGGCGGACAGGAUAUUAUCCGCUUCGAAAAAACACUCAAGUACGUGGCCUUCCCGCAGUUUGACGUCAAGCCGGCAGGUAGGGAGAUGUACCAGGACAAUGCAAAUCUGAGAAAACCCCAUCGAGAGGUCUUUGAAGUCCUUCGCUGGCUGGAGAAGAAAAGGGUCGACAAGAUUAUCGAGCUUAUCGUGCCCGACCGCUUGAUCAAUCCGCAUGACGAUGUUGAGAUGGCCUGGUGGUUGAAGGCGUUCGGCGUUGAAAAACUGGACUGGAGAGUUCUCGACCUGAGUUUUACAAAUUUGCGUGACCCACCCAUGAAGAAUCCCUCAGGCGUAAGCAAGAAGGAGUUUCAGAACAGCGAGAUUCGAGAGUUGCAUAUUUACUCUAGCGGCAAGCAGUCAGUCCUUGACCACUGGCUCAGCCCGCAAGGUAUCGAGAGCUUGAAGAAUCUUAAGAAGCUUCGCAUACAUGUCGUUCGUGAAACAUGCACAAGAACGCAGGUCCAAAGAGCGCUUAGCAGCAUCCAACGUGGAAUCACUGCCAUUCGUAAUAGAAGAGUCAGUGAUGAUAAGAAGAAGCAUCUCAUCAUGACCGUUCCUAAUGAAACGCCAUGGUACUCGACUCCAGCCGUGGCGGACCUAACCAGAUGCAAGUCACUUCCCUCGUACACGACACUGUCGGACGUUCUAACCCAAUACCUAUCGCCUCGACUGGCCAAAUUGGUCCAAGAUUUGAGUGGCAAAGUCUAUGAAGGCAUACGUUCAGGUCAAUUCAAGCGAACCAAAGUAGCUAUCCUCGACAACGGUAUUCUGUGCGUUCCUCCCGUGUUGCAAGCUUCUCAAUCUCUACCUAGUGUGAUAGAGGACGGUCUCAACGAGAAUGAAACGACUUCUGAAAAGGUCAAAAGUACACAAAGCCCACAGUCGACCAGGGAAGCUCCAUUAUCGAGCAACCCAAAGCAAAAGACCAAUGGAGACAAGCAAGGCCUGUGGUAUCGCAUCAGGGGCGGAAAGUCCUUUGUGGAGAGCAGCUCACGGUUCAAUCCCUGGCAGUUCCCAUCGGAUGCGCACGGGACGCAAAUGGCAAAUCUCAUCUGCGCACUGGAUCCCUACUGUGAUCUGUAUGUGGCUAGAGUCGCGGAGACGACAGUUGGCAUCAACGCCGCGAGCGUCGCAAAGGCAAUUGAUUGGGCAGUUGAUGACUGCAAGGUCGAUGUUAUCUCUAUGAGCUUCGUAGUGGAUAGCGAUCCGGAUAAGAAACUACAAAACGCUGUGAUGAAGGCCACUGAAAAUGAAGUUGUCACCUUAUGCAGCACGCAUGAUGAGGGAUCCAAAGUCCAUAAGGCCUGGCCAGCUUCUUUGCUUACGCAGGCAAAGGAAGAUUGCGGGAAUCUCAUCGUUCUCGCUGCUUGUGACGAAUUCGGCCAACUGUUAAGAGACGCCGACCCUAACAGCUACACGUAUCAGAUUGCGGGUAAGGAUGUUCAAGCCGGUGUAGUGCCCUUUGUCAAGUCAACAGAGACCAUAUCUGGAAGCUCGGUUGCUACAGUGCUCGCUGCAGGGAUUGCCUCGCUCACAAUCACUGGCGAUGGCCUGGCGAAUCCUGGUAGGAGUUACUACGCUAACAAGUCUGAGGCAAAAAAUAACCCACAAACGCGGGCUCUGAAACCGCGUUUACAAACCGUAAAGGACCAUCUGAAUGAAAUGAAAGCGGCAGUGUCGGACAAGCAUGUCCUGUUGGAGAAGUUUUGCAAAGUGGGCAACACCGGUGUCGGGAAAGGGCACCUUUAUAACGAUCCGUACAUGCCAAACGUCGAA